GUUCUAAAUAGUUAUAAUUCUGAACAUAACCACACUUUCACCAUACGUCAAAAAAUUGAGUUUAUAAACAAAUUUUACUUAGAAGUGAUAAGAAACAAAUAGAAAAACAUGGAUAUUGGUGAAUUACUUUCGUACAAGCCUCCACAAGCGUUAAAACGCCCUACAGAACCUGAAAAUGAUCCUGAUUCUGAUGAUGAAAUGGAAAGGCAAAAGAAAAUACGUCGUAUGGCCCAAGCAAAAGCACACCAAAUAGCAAAACAAGCGAGAGCUUCAUCCAAAAAUGUUUUAGAAGCUCCUGAAAUCGAAUUAAGUGAGAAAGAAAAAGCUGAAAUAUUAAAAUAUGUUGAAACUGAAGAGACAGAAGGUGAGGUACUCGAUGAAAGUGCAAUCAAACGUUUAGUACUAGUCUUCGAAAAACGCUGUUUACGAAAUCGUGAAAUGCGUAUCAAAUUCCCAGAAAAUCCAGAAAAAUUUAUGGAAAGUGAAGUAGAAUUACAUCAAAUUAUUCAAGACUUACAUAGUAUUGCAACUGUUCCUGACUUAUAUCCUUUAUUUAUUGAAUUACAAGCGAUACCUUCGUUAUUAGAAUUGUUAUCACAUGAAAAUACCGAUAUUGCGUGUGCAGUCAUCGAUUUAUUACAAGAAUUAACAGAUGCAGACAUUUUAAAUGAAAGCCCUGAAGGAGCAAAUGCACUAUUAGAUGUUCUAUUAGCACAACAUAUUUGUGCGUUACUAGUACAAAAUAUGGAACGUUUAGAUGAAGCUGUUCAAGAAGAAGCGACAGGUGUUCAUCAAACCUUGAAUAUAUUUGAGAAUUUAAUUGAAACACAACCAAAUAUUGCUAUCGAUGCAACCAAACAAGGACUGAUGCAAUGGCUAUUACAACGAUUACGAAAACGUGGUACAUUCGAUCCAAAUAAGUUGUAUGCAAGUGAAUUGUUAUCAAUCUUGUUACAAGAUACUACAGCAGAAAACCGUGUUACUUUAGGUGAAUUAGAUGGUAUCGAUGUAUUACUGCAACAAUUAGCUUUUUAUAAACGACAUGAUCCACAAUCUGCAGAAGAACAAGAAAUGAUGGAGAAUCUAUUUAAUUGUUUAUGCAGUUGUCUUUUAGAAGUCUCAAAUCGAGAUCGAUUCUUAAAAGGUGAAGGUUUACAAUUGAUGAAUUUAAUGUUAAGAGAAAAGAAAAUGUCUAGAAAUGGUUCAUUGAAAGUAUUAGAUUAUGCAAUGUCUGGACCAAAUGGUAAAGAUAAUUGUAAUAAAUUUGUUGACAUUCUUGGAUUACGUACGAUUUUUCCGUUAUUUAUGAAAACACCAAUUAAAAAUCGAAAAAAAUUAUUAUCUGCUGAACAACAUGAAGAACACGUUGUAUCGAUCAUAUCAAGUAUGCUACGAAAUUGUCGAGGAUCACAACGUCAACGCUUAAUAAGCAAAUUCACAGAAAAUGAUCAUGAGAAAGUUGAUCGUUUAUUAGAGUUACAUUUUAAAUAUUUAGAGAAAGUUGAAGAGAUAGAUAACCAAAUAGAACAAGAGAAACAAAAAAAAGAACAAGAUGGUGAGAAUGAUUCAGAUGAGGACGACGAUGAAGCGAAUUAUUUAAAACGAUUAGAGAAUGGUUUAUUUACAUUACAAUUAGUUGAUUACAUUAUAUUGGAAGUAUCGUGUGGUGGCCCACCAUCCAUUAAACAACGUGUCUCACAAAUAUUAAAUUUACGUGCAGCAUCAUUGAAAACCAUUAGACAUGUGAUGCGUGAAUAUGCUGGUAAUCUGGGUGAUGCUGGUGAUAGUGAAUGGCGUGAUCAAGAACAACAGCACAUCUUACAGUUAGUUGAUAAAUUUUAAUUAAUUAUUAAAAAAAUAAUGAAAUAAAUUAUUGUUAUA